UCCCCCCCCUCCCUCUCUCCCCCUCCCUGGCCUAGGAGUCCACAGUCCAUUUCACAGCCCAAGGAGCCCCUGACUGCUGCUGUUUGAGACCUGUGAAUCUAAAUGCAAGUCUUUGUAUUGUAUGAUCGUAAAUCGUUGUUGGUGAGCUGUGCCGAAUUGCAGGAAUGGUAUUUCAGCAAAGUCAUUUCUGGUCUUCGGUAAUCGGCAUCUAAUGUUUUAUAAAUGCCUAAAUCGUUAACGGCAGAAGACAUCUUGAGCAAGCACAGAAAUAGCAGUUGUCACCUGGAGUACAGUUUAAUAAUUCCACGCCAACACUUCUUGCAUUCUAGCCGGCUUCAAGAUGUCGGAAGCGGAAAAGGACCUGGUGGCUAAGAUGUUACGAGCAGUCUUACAGUCAAGCAAAGAUGGUGUUGCCCUCACACGACUGCAAACAGAAUAUAAGCAGCUCACGGGUGAACUGAUUUCUCACAAACAACUCGGAUUUCCAACACUUGAGAGCUACCUAAAAAGUAUGCCUUCAGUUGUGAAGUUUGGAGUUAAAAAUGGAGAGACAAUUUGCUUUGCUGCUGUAAGCAAUGAGAUUGCACACAUCGCUAAACUCGUGGCCCGUCAGAGAAGCCCGAAGAAAAGACACAACGGACAAAUGUUGGUGAAUUCCCAGUUGAGACUAAAACGAGUUACACCAGCCACCCAAGUGGGAAAACCUAAAGCAACUUUAAGGCAGCCAGAAUAUGUAAAUCCGCCUGGAAGAGGAGGCAAGAGGUCAACUCCUGCUUCACGAGGCAGAGGAAACUUGCAAGGUGUCACGAAGUCCGGCUUGGGAAGGGAAUUUCUUUCAGAAGCUAAAGUGCACACGCCGAUUGGAGGUGGUACCCCUAAGGAUGCUUCAGUUCGUAAACCACUUUCUGUUGCGAGCAAUAGAUCUGAAAAAAGGCCACCUCUUUCAUUUCCUCCAAGAUUUCAGAAGGAGCUUCAGGUGCAUUUGGCCAAAAAUACACCAAGUGAGCAGACUGGUGUUUGGAGUGAAUCUGUGGAUACAGGAAAAUCCAAUUUAACAACCUCUAAAUCCAGCUACAACGCUGAAUUAGUGCAGUCCCGAUUGAAAGAGAUUUUGAAUAAAUAUACCAAUGGAGUAUGGGUUUCCAAAUAUCCACAGUUGUACAAGAAGAUGUUCAAUGAAGAGCUCCAUCAGGAUGUUUUAAAGCAGUUAGAAACCUGGACCCAUAUAUGCACGGUUGAAAAGUCAUCUGGCAGCGGUUUGGCAGAAUUGCUACUUUAUCCUGCAAAGAGUGGUCACGCGCAAAGGAAGGGGAGCUUUAACCAGAAGACGGCUGACAAGAACCAGGAGGCUUCAGUUUCCAACAAACCUGUCACUCAAGGAGGAAAGCAAGCUGCAGCUAAAACCCAACCUGCAACAGACACGGAUAUAAAAGAAAACUUAAUUGAGUUGUUGCAAAAGUACAGCAGUGGUCUUUGGGCCAACGCACUGCCAAAGUUGUUUGAAGAAACCUACAAGAUGCAGUUUCCUCAGAAUAUUUUGGAUAAUCUUGACUGUUUGUCUGAGAUUUGCACCGUGGAUUAUGCAGUGUCUGGUGAUCGCAAAAAGGCAAUUCUUUACGCAAAAGCAACAAAGAACGAUGACGAGCAAAGUGAGAAACCACGAGAGAUUCCCUCUCCUGUACCAGUGACUCCCACUGCUUUGGUGAAACCAGAUGUGAAAAGCGAGAAGAUCAAUGAGGAUGGCACUGGUGUAGGACUUCGUACACCUCAUAAAACCUGUGUUAAUACUGACCUCCUUGCAUUAGCUGAAAAUGAAAUGGCUUUGAUUUCUCACGAAUUUACAGAAACUUGCACUGUGCAGCCACUUCCUCUCCCUCUAAGCAUUCCAGUGGAACAGUUCCCAUCUGUCUUGGUGGUUGAACUGAACACCACUGAUGAAGCUGUCAUAAGGUACAUUGGACCGGAAUAUUCUGGUGCUCUUGAACAAAUUGAAGAUGCCAUGAAAGAGCAUUUCACUAAUAGUGAUAAUCCUAUGGUGCCACUAAACUCCCAAAGUGUUGGGCAGCUUGUAGCUGUCAGUGCUGAAGAGGAUUCAUGGCUAAGAGCGCAGAUAGUUGAAGUGGAGGCAACAAAAGUGAAGGUGUUUUUUGUAGAUCAUGGAUUUAAUGAAAUUGUUGACAGGAUGAAGCUUCACAAGUUGGAUGGAAAAUUUUGCUCCUUGCCCUUUCAAGCUGCAAAAUGUAAACUGGCAGGUCUUGAGCCGUUCUGCAAAGAGCCAUGUGUGUUAGAAUCCUUUGAAACUCUGGCCUGCGGAAAGAUACUGCUCAUGGAAAUUUUAGAAAGGAGGGAGGUCCCACUUGUUCUUCUAUAUGACACUUCAGGAGAUGAUGAUUUUAACAUCAACACUGCAUGUCUGAAGGCCUUGCAUUACAAGACACUUGAACUGAAUUUGAAGGAAAAUGGUGUUUACCUGAACGUGGUGGUUACAAACGUGUGUUCGGAUGGGACCAUUUAUUGUCAGGUCCCCUCAAAGGGGUGGAAUAGGCUUAACGCCUUACUGGAUAAAGUUGAAUAUUACUUUAACUCCCGGCAAAUUACAUCAGAAUACUUUGUUUCAUUGCCUUUCUGUGGCAAGCGGUGCUUGGCUCGAAGCAGAGGGAAAUGGGCACGAGUAGAGAUUACCAAUGUGCACGGUACCCGAGUUGUGGAUGUCAUGUUCUUAGACACUGGGACAGUUGCAUCUGUCGCAGUAUCAGAACUCAGAGAAAUCCCUUCUCCGUUUCUUCAGGAGUCAGUAUCUAUACCACCACAGGCGAUAAAAUGCUGCUUGGCAGACCUGACAUUUAACAUUGGAAUGUGGACUCCGGAUGCAGUACUUUGGCUGAGGGACACUGUAUUAAAUUGCUCUGAUUGCAGCAUUAAGAUUGUAAAAGUUGAUGAUUCCAAGGGACUAGUCCAUAUUUAUUUGUUUACGUCGAAAAAUUUCCCCAAUCCGGAGCGGAGCAUCAAUCAUAAGAUAACCAACGCGGACUUGUGGAAACACCAGAAAGAUGUUUACCUGAGCAGUGGUACCCAUAGCUCUCCCAGCAACAAAGGUGAUGCCAACAUCACCUCGGAGUUUGAAAUAAAAAGCCCAAGUAAGGACCACGGCUUUGCUCCAAUCAAACCUGUUGUACCACUAUUUGUGCACAGUGAGCUUCCAACCCGACUAGUUUUACCGCAGCCUGGCGAACACUUGGACGUCUUCAUUUCAGUCGCUUGUCAUCCAGGGCACUUUGUCUUCCAGCCUUGGCAGGAGCUGUACAAACUGGAGGUGCUAAUGGAAGAAAUGAUCCUCUAUUACAAUCGUACAGAUUGGCAAUCUGUGCCCAUAGAGAAGAACAAGAUAUUUGCGGCCCAGCUCGAUAAUAAGUGGUAUCGAGUGUUGGUGAAAGGGAUUCUUACAAACGGUUUGGUGUCCGUGUACCAACUGGACUACGGUCGACACGAGUUGGUGAGCUGUCGGAAAGUGCAGACUCUGGUGCAGCAAUUCCGGCAGUUGCCUUUCCAGGCUGUCACAGCACAGCUAGCAGGAGUGAAAUGUGAGCAGUGGUCGGAGGAAACUUCAAUAGUUUUCCGUAACCAUGUUGAGAGAAAACCUCUAGUGGCCCAAAUACAGGCAGUUCACGAGAGCAUGUACUCCUGGGAUCGAAAAGUAGUGACGUACUUGGUGGAUACAUCCCUUCCAGAUACAGACGUGUGGAUACAUGAUCUAUUGACAGAGUAUCUAGUAGAACUGUCAAAAGUUGCGUAAUCAAGGUUCAUCUCGACAUCUUCAAAUUAAACUUGAGUUUCUGACCAUUUACAAUAACUGAUUUGAGAGCACAAUAUAAUCUAGUUUGCUGUUUACAAGGUUGUGAGACAAUUUGACAAUGGUAUUUUAGCGAGGGUAUAGAGUUGGAAGCUUUGUGCUUUGUUUCUGUAAAAAGUACUUAACAGAAUGAUUUUUUGUUUGUUCAUUUACCAAUGUUUGGAUUACUGGUGAAAUGUGUUUAUUGAAAAUUUGCUAUUGGUUUGCGACUUGCAGAACAUUGGCCACACACUAAAACUGAAGGGUUAUGUAGGAGUAAUAAACUAAUUAAAUCAUCAA